GCGCUUUCCUAGGUUAUAUCUUCGCAGGAAAACGAGGAACAAUACGAACAAGAUGUCGGACAUCUCCAGCGAGGACCUGCGCCGCGAAAUCCAGUCGGUGCUGAAGGAUGCCGACUUGGCCACCAUUUCCGCGAAGAGGGUGCGCGAACAGGUGGAGGGAAAGCUCAACUGCUCGCUGCUGAGCCGCAAGAAGGAGUUCGACAAGAUCGUCAUGGAGGUGAUCAACGAGCAGCAGGACGAGGAGGACGAGGACGAUGACGAGGGCAAGGAUCCGGACGCGGAGCCCGACGAGGAGAGCGAGCCCAGCGAGGAGGAGGACCCCAGCAGCAGCGAGGAGGAGGCCCAGCAGAAGAAGAAGCCCGGCAAGCCGGGUCCCAAGAAGCGGCCACAGCCCACCAAGCACAAGGCGCCCAAGAAGAAGCGCAAGACUUUGAAUGCCGACGAUUCGGGCACCGAAAGCGAUGCUGGCUCGGAUUCGGACUACGAGGUGGUCAAGAAGCCGGCGGCCAAGAAGAAGGCAGGCAAGGCUGCCGGCGGAACCACCGCAUCCGGUCGCAAAUCCACCGGUUUCACGCGGGCCUACAAUCUCUCACCCGAACUGAGUGCCCUCAUGGGUGAAUCAUCGCUUCCUCGGCACGAGGUGGUCAAGAAGGUGUGGGCCAUCAUCAAGGAGCGGGAUCUAUACGAUCCCAAGAACAAGCAGUUCGCCAUCUGCGACGACGAGCUGAUGAAGGUGAUGAAAAUCCGACGUUUCCGCACCUUCGGCAUGCUGAAGCACCUCAAGCCGCACUUUCUCGACUAAAUCCGACCGAUCCUCUCCAGAUGCAAAUAUAUAUAGAUGUACGCAGCCUCUAAACCUUUAUCCUAAACUAAUUGUAACUUUCGGCUCCGCUUGGAUUUGUUUGUUCCCACACACAACUUCUACACACACACACCUUUUGAUUAAGAUUUAGUUGACGCAUGUGUUUAGCAUUAACCUAAUUAGGACGGGUUUGAUAUAUGCACUUUACGGCAUUUUAAGAAAAGAAAAAGAGUUCAUUAUAAUACCAGGAAGCCAACGAAGAUGAACGUGAAAAAUUAUAUAAAAAAAUACAAAACGAACGUAAUACAUAAAGUGUAUGAUUUUUUUAUAACAAACUCGUGUAGUUUACAUUUUAUAAAGUAUCAAAGAAAAAACAUAACAAGUUUAAGGCAAAGUAUCGAGUAAUAAAAGAGAAAUAGACGAGUGAUGCAUCUGAAA